GGGAAUGCCAGAGUCUCCCCUCCGCCUCCCUCGGCAAAGAAAACGGAGGCCGACGAGGGAGGCAACCGACCACAUUUUUUUCCUGUCAAUUAAACGCAAAUUAAGUGUCCUUUCAGCUUGAUGCUGUAGCAGAGGAAACAUUCCCAGUGGCAUUUCCCGCAAGAAAAUGGCCACGAUAGUUCCUCCUCAGCCUCCAAAUGAUCCAGACUUGGAGGUGAAGGUAAAGAAAGCUCUGGAACGCGUGAGUGAGAACAUCCACAUAUCUGCCAACGAGCCAUCACUAGCUGUGUACCGUCUCCAGGAACAUGUCCGGCGCGCCCUUCCACCCACAGUGUCGCGAAGGCAGCACGUCACUGCCCUCCACUCACAGCUUCAGGGAGCAUGCUAUGAUGUUGAGUAUGCUCUAGGGGCUGUACGCAGCAUGCAUGAUGCAAGUGAGAAGUUCUCGUCCCUGCAAGAACUGCUGAAGAGUGCCAUUUUCCACCGCCAGCAGCUGAAAUACGAGCAGACCCGCAGGAAGCAGAGGGAGCCCAGCAUGUACAAGAGACUCUCCUCCCACAUCUCUUCCAUCGACCUUCCUGACCUGCCGGACUUGCCGGACGCCUUCCGUGAGACGGCUUCCCGUGUCGAGUCUGCCCUCCAGCACGCCCGCAGCUCCUACGAAAGCCACACGCGCAAGGAGAAGGAGAAGCCUGAGAAGAAGGGGGGGGAGAAGUCAGACUCCAAGGAGGAUGCAGAAGCAGAGGAGGAAAGGGGGGAAAGGGAGACCUCAGAGGACAAAGAUUCGGACGAGGACCUAAGGUAGCGGGAGAGUGGGGGCGAGGGCAGAUGCGUGUCAGCCUCCGCAACAGAAAAGGCUUCUUCCAGAGACCAUGUGGUUUUUCAUCAUGGGAAAUGAGAGAGUUGAAGAGAGGGAAACUAAAAAGAGAACAAGAUUUUUUUUUUAUGGACUUGGGGCUCGUGGAGAAGUAUAGUGAAACAUACAGAUUGUAGAGUCUAUGGAAGUUAUGUUCUGUUAACAAUUAUGCUCAAUGUUGUAGUUGAACUAUAUUUUCAGAUUUUUUAUUUUUUAUUUUAUAAUUUUUUUUUUAAGGAAAAUGUAGAUCUACAUAUUCUUUAUACAAGAUUAGAGACCUAAGGCAUAAGCUUUCAAAAAAUAUUCACAUGCUACAAUUAAUUAUUCAUUAUCAAGUUACUGGUGUAUAUUCAAAGAAUUUUUAUAUAUUCAGGCUAAAAAGAUCUAUUUGAUGGUGCUGUGCUGUUCUCAUGUGUCCUUCUUUCAAGGAAUGGGGUUUCACACAUAUGUAACAUGAAUGCAUAAGGAAGCUAGACAUGUAUUUAGAUUUUCUUUUAAUUUUAUCUAGUCAUUUCUGAUACUUGUAUAAGAGAACACAUUACCUAUAUAAUCUUGGUUGUAUUUUGGAAUCCAUUCCCUUUUUUUCUGUCUUUCUCUCUUUAUAUCAUAACAAAUUGGUGAAAACCUUUUAAUGAUUCACUUAUUAAUCUUGAUUUCUUGCAAAUAUGAUUCUGUUUGUAGCAAACUUUCUUCAGUAAAGAGCUCUUAAUAGUCCUGCUCUUGUUAAAAUGCUUAAUGUACUAUUCCACGCAGUGGUAUGAGCACUGUACAUUCCAUAUAUCUGAUGUAGAUACAACUACAUUCUCCAAAUUAACUUCACAGAAUUGGAAUUACAAGCUGGAUGAGGCAGUGUGCUUUUAUUGUUGUCUGAGAUUUGUCCAGUGGAAAUGUCUGGGAGAAAGUAAUAAUUUGUCUAAUCUAUUUCUGUCCUCUAAUAAAGGCUAAUAAAUGACAAUAAAAAAAUAUGAAACUGU